AGCGAGCUCAAAGAAGCGCAGGUAGGGCGUGGCGUGGCGAGGCGCGUCUCUUUCCUGCUCAGUGUUUUGAAUCAUCAGUCUAAUUAGACUAUACAGACAGCCGAACUGAGGAACAGCAUUGGGCCACGCUUGGAUCACUCAGAGGGCAAGAUGACUUCAUGUAUGUGGAUUUUACUUCUUCUGGCAAGUCUUGUGGCAACAAGAGCGCAAGAUUUGGACCUCUCUGAUGCUUUUGAUGAUGACAAGCCCACUGCGAAGCCAACAGUGAAACCAGCCCCACCGAAAAACCCAGAUUCAGGAUUUGAUCUUUCAGAUGCCUUCGAUUUGGACCCUAAAAAACCUGUAGUGGUCCCCCCCAAAUCAGAAGACGAUAAAAAGAAACCAUCUGGAGGUGACUUUGAUCUGUCUGAUGCAUUUGGUCCAGAUACUGAGCCCAAAAAGCCUGUGGUCCCACCCAAAGAGAGAGGAACUGGUGGUGGAAGUUUUGAUGACAAAGACCUCUUUGAUGUGAAUGAAGGGGGUGAAUACAAGCCCGAUGGAGGCAAAAGUGGAGGGCGAGGAGGAGAUGUUCCAGCAUAUAAUGAAAAUGGUGAUGUCUCUGCUCCACCUCAAGGCGGAGCCAUGGCUGCCAUCAUCAGCUCUGUGGGUGUUGCUCUCCUUGGUGCCGCCUCAAGUUACUUUGCUUACCAGAAAAAGAAAUUGUGUUUCAAAGUACAAGGAGGUCAGGAUCCAGAGAGUGGCAAAAACCAUGGUACUCAAUCUGAUCCUCAAGUUCUCAGCAACCUGCUCCGUUCAUCGUAACUGCGUUGGACCUGCACACUGAAAGUAUAUAUGCACACUGAGCAUAGCUAUGGAGAGCCUAACCCUAUGGAAAACAUCUGUUACAAGAAAGGCUGGUUUAAAACUAAUGUUUUAAGAAUCUUAGUGUAAGCGUGUUUUUGUUUUAUUUUAUUAUUAUUUUAUUUUUUAUUUUUUAUUGGAUUAUCUAAGUUGUAUUGACUAAUUUUUAUUUUAAGAAUUUUUUUUUUUUUUUUUCUGUAUUCAAUCUUUUGUGUAACUAAUUGUUCAUCUUUAGAGGAGGUAGAGUCACUAAAUGGAUUUUAGUGUUCUUUUAGUAUUUUAAAUAAUGCCAAUGUAAGAUACUGCACUUUGAAACUACAAAUUGUUACUAUUUUUGUAGAAGUACAGCAAGUUGUGUAAGGGACUUGAUAUUGUAAAGCGCAAGCUGUCUAUACAGGUGAAUGCAUCAGUUAGGGUUUUGUUCAUUCUUGCAUUACUCUGAAUUAGAAACUGACUUCUUUACCAAUCAAACAGAUGACUCUGAGGAAGAGGAUGAUGAUAAUGUAUGCUGAUGAGUGGCAAAAUGUCAACUAAAAUGGAGCUUAAAAUUAUGGGAGUAUUGCAUUUUUAUAUUUAAAUACAUUUAAAAUAGAAUGGAAUAAUUUGACGAGGUAAAAAGACUCUAUUACUGUAAAUAGCCUACUGCUGAAGAUGGAUGAGUUUAUAAUCACAAGCAAUUUGCAUCUCUUUUACCAUCCAGAGAAACUAUGAUUGAUGAUUUAUUGUAUGUGUAAUAAAGUGUCUAAUGUCUAA